AUGUUGCAUUGGCAGGGCACGCUGGAGCUGGCAGACUUGCCCCUGCAGAAAGGCUCCGUGGAGCUCCUCAAGCAGAGAUGGGAGUCUGCCAAUGCUACAAGACCACACCUGAUGUUCCAGCACUUGCCACUCCCACCAUCCCUGGUGCCAGAUAGGAUUUCCCUGGAGAAGAUGCCAUCAGACAGCAGGAGGGCAGAUGCAUUCAAGGAGGAGACCCUCAGUGGAUCUCAGCUGAUGGAGCACGUCCCUGUCACUGUGGAGGAGCUGCGGAGCCACUUUGAGGCUCUGGGUGGUAGGAAGGAAACAGAAAGUGAGAGGAAUUCACUUUCAUCACCACUGAAGAGUCAGCCUGGGAACCAGUCUGCCAUCUCUCAGGAGGAGUCUAGCGUGAAAAGAGGGAGAGCAAUCUUUGAAAAGAUGUCAUCAGAAAAUGGCCAUAGCAACAGCUCUGAAGUGGAGUCUCGCAAACUUGUAAGAGGACUAUCUAAAGAGAGCACUCCCAGGGCUGAUAACACACUGCUGGAUUUCCAGGAGACUGUCUCCUUUAAAGAAAGAAUGGCUAUGUACAAGGCUGCUGUGUCCUUUGCCCAUAGUUCACAGAAGAGCAAGUUCUGUACCGUGCCUGGUGGCCUGGCAGCAGUGAGGAAACAAUUCGAGAAAGUGCAAAGGAUGUCUCCAAAAAAGACUUUUGUUCAGUACCAGCACCAGCAUAGAUCUCUACAGGUAACAACAGAAACAUCAAGUAUCAGGCACCACACAGUAUCAAGUAGCACCAGGGAAGCUGAAUGCAAUGAAAUGACCUCUAAAGAAAGCCAAACACAAGCCUCUCAAACAAAAGAGGUUUCUCCUCAUGAGCAAGUUACCCAUGAAAAGAAAAUGGCAUCUACAUUCACUCAGCAUGACACAGUAAUCAAUUCAGCUCAGAAUGUAGAGCUCCCAAAGACUGUAACACAGAUUUUAAAAGAACAGAUUGAGAAGGCAGCUCAGGAAAAGGCUGCUCACUCUGACAGAGAGAUCACAACAUCUGCUAAAGAAGUAAAGAAACUGCAGAUUCAGGAAAAUGAAACAUGCAAACUCUGUCAACAGAGAGUUUACCCCAUGGAAUGCCUAGUUGCUGAUAAGCAAAAUUUUCAUAAAUCGUGUUUCCGAUGUCACCACUGCAGCAGUCAAUUAAGCUUGGGAAAUUACGCAUCUCUCCAUGGAAAAAUAUAUUGUAAACCCCAUUUUAAGCAACUUUUCAAAUCAAAAGGAAAUUAUGAUGAAGGUUUUGGACACAAGCAGCAUAAGGAAUUAUGGAAUUCUAAAGAUCAACUUAGUUCAAUUAAAAAUAAUCAGGCUGAAGAAACAAAUCCCAUUAAUAGUGCACCUGUUGAUCCUAAACCAAUUACAGAAGUAGAUAAAGACUUGUACUCAGGUACUGAAGGUGCACGUCCUGAUAUUUUGGAUAAUAAUUUGAAAAAAUCCACAGAAAGAGGUAAAUUAAAAAUGAUAUGGCCCCCUUCAACAGAUGAUGCAACACCUAAGAAAACAUUUUCUAUUGAAGAAUCAGCUAAAGUAAAUAAGUCAAAGUGGCCCCCAGAAGAUUUUCCUCAAGAAGAUUCUAGUUUACAUAGAAAUAAAUCUCUGGGCAACAAAAAGGAAUCUCAGAAAAAUCCCACUGUGAUGGAGCAAAAUAAAAACAACACCACAAAUUCACAACAAAAUCAACACUCAUCCUUUUGCUCUCUGUCUGAGAAAGAAGGUAAAAAUACCUGUAAAGCAAAGAAAAAUGAAGCAGGCAAUAAGGGGAAGGAUGGGGAAGCAGGGAAUGUGCAAGAUAAGGUGAAUAAACUAGAAGCAUUAGAGAGUAGGGAGCAAAGUGGAAAGGAUAUUAAUGAGGGUGAUAAUGUAAUUGUGGAUAGUCCUGGGAAGAAGCAAGAAAAACAAAUAAAUGAAACUGAUAAUUCAGAAGUUGUACAAGUCACUAACAUUGAUGAUGUAACAGUACAAAAGAAUUACAAAGAAUGCAGCUUGAAUAGCAAUAACAAUAAUAAUUAUGCCACUUUUUCCACAUCAAAAUAUUUCUACACAAAAAACAACUCUCUCAGCUAUGUCUACCCCAAAGCCAGCAUUAAGCCAUGCUAUUUGCACUGAAUCACAGCAUGCCUUUGCAAAACUGGACAGUCAGUCUGGAAAUGAAGAAAUAUACGUGAUAUAUGAACCUCAGGAGAGCUGUUCUAGUAAUACUGUACUUGCACAGGAUGAACCGAACUCAAAAGAUGAAGAUGCUGUUACUUCUAAGAGUCUUGCUCAAUUUAAUAAUGAUGCCACUUGUAAGAAGUCUCAUACUAGCAGCAUGUUAGUUUUGAAGAAGGCAACUAACACAUUCUCUGUUGAUACUGAGUUGUUAUGCAUUGGAGAAGAAUCAGAAUAUUACAAAAAUGACAAAAAGCUAAAUAGUAUUUUAUCUGACAUUCUGAAGAAAUAUUUUCUUAAAAAAGACAACCUGGUUUUAAACUGUAAACUAAUAGACUCUAUAGAUGUAAGUAAAAAAUCCUGCAGUCCAUAUCUGAAAGAACAUGGAAAUUAUGGUAGAGAACUGAAUUAUAUUAACGCUUGUCAAGAAAGUGAAAUAAUCCAAUUGGCAAAGACUGACAUAAGUACAAGCUUAGAUUUACUGAGCUCAAGACAUACUGCUGUUUCAUCAUUCCAAGGCAAGAAAGUCACGUUCAAAUGGCUCACUGCAGAUGAACAAAUUAAAAAAAGUAGAUUUUAUGAUGAAAAUUAAUAAAACAUCCAAGU